AUGCUCAGCGCCUUACAGCGCACUGGCGAUCCGGACUUUGCCCAGGAACUAUUUCCAAAUCUCCACGCACCGUGUAUUCGUCCGGCCAGCAAACUUCCUCCGCCGAAACUCACAAGUCAUUCCCUCGCUCUUCUCAAUGUCUUUAAGAAUGGCAGCGUUAAAAAAGAGGACGUAACUAAACCUGAACUAUCAUCUUCUCAAAGCACAGCACCUCGUCCAAACCAUGCCCAAUCUCAACACCAUGAGAAUCUCCUGGGGCUUCUGAAAAAGCCUCAAGCUCCUCCUCCUGUCCCAGGUCAUGUGGAGUUGGCUGCUCGGCCCAGUCCUUCUUCUGAUCCCGCAAGAGUUCACCUAUCUGGGGUUUCGCAAUCACAACCAAGAACACAAACCCCACGCAAGUCUACCAACGGUGUGGCGAGAACCUCGGCCACUGUGUCAGGUCCCCUGAACAUUCCUCAGUUCGAAGCCAUUGCAAAACCAGUUCCUAAUAAGGUUGCGAGACAAUCUCCCCGAAAUAUUGGCAAGGGGGAGGCUACACCGCCAAAAGGAAACUUCGUUAUCCUCCCACGCCCACCUCCUGCGAAGGAUGCGGUACCACCCCAACCCGCCAACGCCAGACCACCACCAUCUUCAUCCCCGAGAAGAAAUGUCAAACUUUCUGAGAUCACAAAGCCGUUUCAACCGAAAAUCCUCCGCCGUCCUGUUAAGGAAGACCUCCAGGCUUCUCUUCCUAAUGGCACGGUGACUGUUAGUGCGUUUACUCUCUCUGAAAAAGCUACUGUGUCUGAUCAUCCGCGGGGGAAUUCUGUGCAAACGAAUGCGAAUUAUGACCGACGCCUGAGUCGGACGGCCUCCCAAAAGGAAGCUUUGCUAUCUCUCUUUGGAAAAGUCUCUCCUUCUCCCCCCCCGGUCUCCGUAGAACAAAGUCGACCUUCUCCCCCUGCACCAAAAUCUCCACCACGUUCAGCCAUCAUUAGCCCAGUUGAUUUGUCUUCGCCUAAAGUUGGCAUGCGAACAGCACACGGUCCCGCUCCAUUGUCUACUGGUGGAAGCAUUUCUCCCAUUGGUGGAAUCGAUACUCGUAAGACGGCUCCAACAUCACCGAGUAACAAGGCGUUCUUACUCGGGUAUCUGGAUAACAUUGCCAAAGGUAAACAUUGAUUGUGUAAUGCUAUCUACUCUGAGAGUUUUGUUGGUUUUAUGGCCGUUUUGAUACAAGUGUGGACGUUCCUCGUGAAGAUUUGAAAUGGCGUGUUAGCCGAAAUACAAAUGGUUAUUUAUU